AGCACUGGAGCUCAGUCUCGCCUGUUCCCUCCCGGUCCAGAAUCUUUCGCACACCCGUGACGUUUUCUGUCCGUGGGUUGCACAUGCUCGUUGCGGGAGGGAGGCAUUCCUCGGCGUUCUCCGUGAGGAAUCGGAGAGGGAGAGAGGAGGAACGGGAGCAGCAGGACAGGCGCAAAAGCCAACGGUGGGCUGGUUCUGCUCCGCAAGGUUUCUCGGGCGUGUUUUGGAGCCACACUGUCACCAGCUCGCCCCCGGAGCUGACACCCGCCGUCUGGGGGGAGCCGGCAAGAGCCUGAGCCCGACUUGCGGGGAGAAACUUGAAGCAAGGGGAGCGUGGGAAGGAGCGAGAGAAGCGAGCGGGCACCAUGUCUCUGAAGUACUGCGAUGCGCCGGGGCCUGAAGCAACCAGAAACAGCUUCUGGAUGCCAGACAAUUAUAGAAGCACAACGAAGCAGGUUGACGAUGGCUAUAAAGUCUGCAAUGACAUCAUCCUGUGUUUCCAAGAACGGGCAAAGAUCGAGAAGCAAUAUGCCCAGCAGAUCGCGGCGUGGUCACGCAAGUGGAAGCCGCUGGUCGAAGCGAGUCCUAUGUACGGUACUCUAUUGAAGGCGUGGCACGCCUUCCUUACCUCCGCAGACCGCCUGAGUGAACUGCACGUGGGGAUCCACAAAUCCCUGCUGACCGAGGAUACGAGCAGGAUUCGGAAGUGGCAGAAGGAAACGUACCACAAGAAGUUCUUCGGGGGCUUCAAGGAGACUCACGAGGUGGAACACGGCUUCCGAAAGGCACAGAAGCCCUGGACAAAGAAACUGAAAAAAGCAGGAAAGCUGAAGAAAGUCUACCAUGCCAAGCGGAAAAAGGAGCGUGUUGCCGUUCUCCGGGAAAAUAACUGCAGGGCAAACCCGGCCUCUUCCUCAUGGAAGCAGCAGAAACUCCAGCGACUGAGAGAAAAACGCAGCCAGGAGGCAGAAAAGGUUAAGCAACGUUACGCCAAGACCAUAGAAGAUUUGAACAAGUACAACCCAAAAUACAUGGAAGAGAUGGAGAUGGUGUUUGACCAGAGCCAGCAGUUGGAGCAGAAACGCACAAUCUUCCUCAAACAGAUCUUCCUCUCUAUUCAUCGGCACCUUGACGUCGCCAACAACGAAAGCUUCCGGAAUAUUUUUAAGGAUCUACACCAGACCGUGCUAUCAAUAAAUGACCAGAAUGACUUAAAAUGGUGGCGGAACACGUAUGGCCCAGGAAUGCCGACGAACUGGCCGUACUUUGAGGAAUGGAGCCCAGAGAUGGAGAACAUAACAGACAAGAAGGGGAAAGGACAGAAGGAAGGAGAUAAGGUCGUACUUCAGAGCUUAAGUUUAAAUAAAGGUUAUUCCCUUGGCGAGGAUGGCACAAACAUCCCUGGCGUCAGAAUCCGAGCACUGUAUGAUUACUCCAGCCAGGAAGCAGAUGAGCUCAGUUUUAAGGCGGGUCAGGAGCUGACUAAAGUAGAGGACGAGGAUGAACAAGGAUGGUGCAAAGGUUACCUCGAUGGAGGCCGCAUCGGACUGUACCCUGCAAACUAUGUAGAAGUUAUACAGUAGAAAACAUUCACCCAAAGAGGACAUCUAAGCCAAAGGUCUCUGCAACACCAGGAACCAUCCCAAAGCGUGUCUCGACAUCACCGCUUUCAAGAAUUUUAGGUUAUUUUUGUUGUUUUUAAUAAUUUAGCCUGUGGAUACUAAUGACACUAUUACCUGGGUGGACUUAACAAGUCAAAUUAUACAAGGGAGUCAAGAUUAAUAUUGAUGCAGCCAAAAUAGAUUAGAGACUGUGGGGUAUUCAAUCGAUUUUUACUGGCAGUUGGUUCAUUGAUAAAUUUACAGGACAUCCAUCUGUUUAAGAUUUUCUAAGCUUGGCAAUGUGAGAAAGUUAGAGCCGCAUUCAAACAUUUAAUGGUUACACACAAACAAAGCUGCACUGGUGUCAAAUUCCAGUGUGUUGUUAGGGAGACAAUACUAACCCACCAGCUUCCUGUCAAAAUCACUGUCAAACAGUGACUGGUGUCAAAGUUCUUUUCAGGUACAAGAUCCCUCAUGCUGGAAAAUCUUCAACUCUUGAUGAGGCCAGUUACCUUCAAAGUAUUUUAGAUGCUACUUUAUGUACAGAAUUUUCAAACAAAGCCCACACCUUGUGCAUCAUGAACACUUAAGUGAAUGCUCGAGAAACUCAUACCAAAAUGGAAAGGUCAAGUGCAUAAGUAGUACAAGUUAGACUCCUUAAUAUACAAAACAAUAACAAUAGUUUACUCACCCCAAAACCAUAAAUCCCACCUGCAGUACUUACAAACUGGUUCCAUUUUCACAGAAAUCCUUCAGUUGAUUUUGUUUACAAGUUUCAAAAUGCACAAAAAUCACUAAAUAUAGCAACCUUACUGCUGGCACCAUUGUAAUGAAAGGCAUGAAAAGCACUUAAGAAUUACUAAAAGUGGAGAGAGAGAAGAGACUAGUUCUGCGGUUUGUGGGAAUUAACAUACUAUAAAGUGUGUACAUCAAACUUCUGAAGUUAACAACAUUAUAGGAGCUUGUUCGUGCCCUUAAGUGGGCAUUUAAAACUCAGGAUGGCCAGUAUGUGCCAGAGGGCUUUGCAGCCAAACAUUCAGGACUUAAUCCAGAAACACGUGUUCAAAUACAGCACCAUAGCAGCUGGGGUGUUAAAUAAACCUCAAAUUUAAAAAAAGCAAAUCUCAGUAAACUACGAACACCGGACAUCUGCUAAAAGAUGUUUCACCCACACUUGUAGGGAAGGAAAUCUACUGCCCUUUGUCUGGCCUGUUUGUAACUCCAGUCUCUGGGCAGUUCAGCCAGCUGAUGCCCCACAUCCUUUUCACAUUGUUCCCUGCAACACACCCACUAAAAUCUGCCUUAACCACUCUAAUAAUACUCAGUCUAUUAAUAUAACCUUUACUGCAACUCUGAUAUGUCUAGACGCCUUAAAGUGAAAAUAUCCUUCAACCUUCAUAAUAUGCCCAGGUAAUUCUCUCCCUCAAAGCAUGAAGAACCAUAUGAAAGUCUGUCUGUACUUUUAUUAUUGACCAUCGACUAACAGCAGAAUAGAAACAUGUUAGAAUUGCACCUUUAGUCAAGCCUUGAUGAGAAAUCUAGUUGCUACCAAUGAGAAAUAUUAGCCCUCUUCAUCUCUGGUGCAUUUCCAGUACUGUCUUCUUUCAGGUGCUCAUUAGAUCAGGUGGCAUCCGUGGAGAGGAAUGACUGUCAACGUUUUGGACCGAAACCCUUCAUCAGGUUCAGGAACUCAGUCUGAAACAUCAACUCUUUAUUCCUCUCGAUAGAUGCUGCCUGACUUUCUGAGCUCCUCCAGCAUUUUGUGUGUUGCGCUGGAGUUCCAGCAUCUGCAGAAUCUCCUGCGUCUAUGCUCAGCAUUCAAAGCUACUUUUUUCUACAUGAAACUGUAAUCUCUGUAAAUAAACUUAUUUUAGCUCAAGGGGUAGAGACUAUAUGCAGAACUACUGCAAACCGAGACCUUAACAUCUAACGUCAUACAAGAGUUCUAUCUCUUAAAUGACAAGUUUUUUUGUUAAAAUCACAACGUUCUAUUUGUAUUUUUAUUGCAAGACCACUCUGAAACAGUCAAUAAAGGAGAGUCCCAUUUCAUUGCUACAAACUAGACGACGCUAGUGUAGCAGCAAGAGGAGCUAUUGGCAGAGGGGAAUAGUCAUCCACCAAGUGCCUUGUCAUUUAUCAAUAAAAUCUGUGGUCCAGUGGAUUUGGGAAUCUGGCUGUGAUUUCUUUUCCUACCUGUUCCACCUCAUCACAUCCAACUGUUAAUGACUAGCCUGAUGGAGAUGCAUUCAGUGAAUGGAGAGCAUUCAGUGAAUAUCACAGGUAUGCUGUGCCGUAGAACAGUGACCUGAUUUUCCUCAGCACUUAGGAAUUACAACAGAACUAUUAUUGCCUGUGGAAGCAACCUCCAACAUGUCCCCUACCCAAGACCAGGGUCAGUCGCUUCAGGAAAGAGAGGAACAAGUAGAAAUUGAAACUUGGAUAAUAUAUUCCUUACGAAACAGUGCAGUAUUUCAUAUUCAUAUCCUAAGAGCGGGGGGGGGGGGGGGGGUUCCCAAUCUUUUUUUAAAAAACCAUGGACCCCUAACCUUUAACCCAGGAGUCCGUGGACUCCAGGUUGGAAGCCCCUAUCCUAGAGAUAUAUAUUCAUGAAUUUUUAAUAAAUUCAUUACAGCCACUUUCUAGCCUCCCCCAAAGAAACAAAUUGACCAGGAUUUCCAGGUAGAUGCAUUAAUUAUCCUAGCCAGAGAGGGUAAACUUGAAAGCCAUUGUUAUACCAUCAAACUGACUGUUACAGACGGUUUCUCCUUUUAGUUCAGCUAAGGAAAAACAUUUUGUUUUAUAGCUCCCUCCUUAUGAACUGUGACAUUAUGACAAAAAUAUCGAAGGAAUUUUUUUUGAUUUGUACAAAAUAUAUAUUAACUGACAGGAAGCUACAUUCACAAAUCUUUGUACACUGCAAACGCUUCUGAUUUCAAUAUGUAGCAAUAAAUUAACUUGACUGAGA